AUGAUUGAAGAAUCAGUGCUCAAGACCGACCUGCUCAUUGUUGGCGCGGGCCCCGCUGGGGCUUCGCUCGCCUGCUUCCUAGCCUCACAUGGCAGGACCGGUAUCAUCAUCGCCCGGGAUUCGUGGUCGGCCGAGACACCGCGAGCCCACAUCACUAAUAUGGCCGGCCUUGAAUGCCUGCGUGACAUCGGUCUCGACGAGCAAUGCCUCGCCCUUGCUUCGGACGGCGGCAACAUGGCGCAUACAAGAUGGUGUCAUACCAUGGCUGGCGAAGAGUAUGCUCGCAUUCACUCUUGGGGCAAUGAUCCCAAACGCAAGACGGAGCUCGAGCCCAUCCUAAUCCGCUACGCCGUGCACAAGGGCUGGAAGCUCGUGUUCAACACCAAAUUCCUGCACUGCGAGCGGCCGAGCCCCGACGUCAUCAUCAGCGAGGUCGAGGACCGCGUGCUCAACCGAACCUACAAGAUCCAGUCCCGCUUCCUCUUUGGCUGCGACGGCGCCCGCAGCCAGGUCGUGCGCGACCUCGACAUCCCCCUGAUCAAGAAGCCCGGCCAGGGCCUCGCCCUCAACAUCUUGGCCCGCGCCGACAUGUCCCAGCUCAUGGAGAACCGCACCGGGAAUCUCCACUGGGCGUUCCUCCCGGAAAAGGAGCAUCCCAUCUGGGGGUGGGCCGCCGUGGUGCGCAUGGUGAAGCCGUGGAAGGAGUGGAUGUUCAUCUUUCUGCCCCAGCCGGGCGCCGACGUCACCUUGGACUCCAUGGACGCGACCCACGAAGAGUACAUGGUGCGGAUGAAGGAAAUGAUUGGAGAUGACUCGAUUGAUGUCGAGAUUUUAAACGUGAGCAAGUGGUGGAUCAACGAGAUUGUCGCGGAACGAUACUCGGACGGAAACGUACAUUGCCUCGGAGACUCCGUUCACCGACACCCGCCCUUCAACGGCCUAGGGUCCAACACCUGCAUCCAGGACGCCUUCAACCUAGCCUGGAAGAUCCACUACGUCAUGUCAGGCAAGGCCGGACCCUCCAUCCUCGAGUCCUUCUCCGCCGAGCGUCAACCCGUGGGCGUCGACGUCAUCACGCGCGCCAACCAGGGCCUCCGCGACCACGGACCCUGGAUGGAAACCAUUGGCAUGGUCGAGCCCGACGUGGAGAAGCGCCGCGCCAUCCUCGCCGAGUUCGAGGACCCCGGCGAAAAGGGCCGUCUCCGCCGCGAAGAGUUCCAGCGCCACAUCGAAAUCACCUCGAGCGAGUUCCACGGCCUCGGCGUCGAGAUGAACCAGCGGUACCAGUCCGCCGUCGUGUACACCGACGACGAGAUCGGCACGUACCCGGGCAAGCGGCUGCCCCAUGCGUGGCUCAACACGCGCGCGCCCACGAAGCCCUUUUCCACCAUUGACCUCGCGGGCCACGGACGCUUCUGCCUGCUCACGGGGCCCUCGGGCGCCGAGGCGUGGAAGCGCGCCGCGGCCGCGGUGUCGGCGUCCCUGGGCGUGGAGAUCAAGGCGUACUCGAUCGGGUGGAGGCAGGACUGCGAGGACGUCUACUUUGACUGGGCGAGGCGGCGCGAGGUGGAGGAGGACGGGUGCGUUUUGGCGAGGCCGGACCGCUUCGUGGCGUGGAGGGCUGUGAGGAUGCGGGAGGAUCCGGAGGCGAGCUUGGAGAGGGUCAUGCGGAAGGUGUUGGCGCUUGAUGAGCUUGUGCCGAGGGCGGAUGUCGUGGUGCCCGUCCAGGCCGACCAAAAUGGACAAAAUGGACAGAAUGGUCAGAAUGGGCAGAAUGGUCAAAACGGGCAAAACGGGCAAAAUGGUCAAAACGGCGACCACAGUGGUGAAACUGCCCAGAACGGGGAGAACGGCCAGAAUGGUCAGAGUAACACGGUGAUUGUUUGA